AUGGCAAUGGGAUCACGUUCCUCUUCCUUCACCUAUGAUGUUUUCCUCAGCUUCAGGGGGGAAGACACACGCCAUGGUUUUACUGGCCAUCUCUACAAAGCCCUUCAUGACAGGGGAAUCUACACUUUCAUUGAUGAUGAGGAGCUUCAGAGAGGGGAGGAAAUAACACCAGCACUUCUGAAGGCAAUUCAAGAGUCCAAGAUUGCCAUCAUUGUGCUCUCUAUGAACUAUGCUUCUUCGUCAUUUUGUUUAGACGAACUUGACUGCAUACUCGAGUGCUAUAACAAAAAAGAUAUGUUGGUUUUGCCAGUUUUCUUUAAGGUAGAUCCUUCUGAUGUUAGAGACCAGAAAGGUAGUUAUGGAGAAGCAUUGGUUAAGCAUGAGCAAAGGUUCAACCAUAACAUGGAGAAGUUGGAGAAGUGGAAGAAGGCUUUGCGUCAAGUAGCUGACGUGUCUGGCUUUCAUUUGAAACACGGAGAUGGAUAUGAACACGAGUUUAUUGGAAGGAUAGUUGAGUUGGUCUCCAGCGAGAUUAAUCACGCUGCUUUACCUGUUGUGGAUUACCCAGUUGGACUAGAGUCACAAGCACUGGAAGUAAGCAAGCUUUUGGAAGUUGGAUCUGAUGAUGAUGUCUGCAUGGUGGGAAUACAUGGAAUCGGUGGGAUAGGAAAGUCAACACUUGCUUUAGCAGUUUAUAAUUUGAUUGCUCACCAUUUUGAUUGUUCGUGUUUUCUUCAAAACGUGAGACAAAAAUCAAACAAGCAUGGGUUACAACACCUCCAAAGCAUCCUUCUUCGUGAAAUGCUUGGAGAGAAGGAAGUAAACUUUGCAAGUAUAGAACAAGGAGCUUCAGUGAUACACCACAGGCUUCAAAGAAAGAAGUUUAUCUUGAUUCUAGAUGAUGUUGACAAAUACGGGCAAUUGCAGGCUAUUGUUGGAAGACCUGAUUUAUUGGGUCCUGGCAGCAGAGUCAUCAUCACUACUCGGGACAAACAAUUAUUGUCAUCUUAUGGGGUUACAAAAACGUAUGAGGUGAGGGUACUGAAUAAGAACAAUGCUCUUGACUUGCUUUCAUGGAAAGCUUUUAAAACAAAAAACAUUGAUGCAAGUUAUAAGGAGGUCCUGAAUGAUGUAGUGAUUCAUGCUUCUGGCCUUCCAUUGGCUUUGGAAGUAAUAGGUUCCAACUUGUUUGGAAAAACUAUAGAAGAAUGGAAAUCCGCCAUCAAACAGUAUAAAAGAAUUCCUAAUAAUCAAAUCAUGGAGAUACUUAGAGUGAGCUUUGAUUAUUUGGAGGAAGAAGAGAAGAGCGUUUUUCUUGAUAUUUGUUGCUUAAAUAUAUAUGCCUUGUCAAAGCUUGAAAAUUUACUUCAUGCUCAUUAUGGCUAUUGCAUGAAAUAUCAUAUUGGGGUGUUGGUUGACAAAUCUCUUAUAAAGUUUAAUUGCUAUCGUCAAGAAACUAGAAUUUCAUUGCAUAGCUUGAUCGAGGACAUGGGGAAAGAAAUUGUGAGGCAAGAAUCACCAAAAUAUCCAGGGAAGCGCAGUAGAUUAUGGUUACCAGAAGACAUAAUUCAAGUUUUGGAAGAUGACAAGGGAAGUAGUGAGAUUGAAAUCAUAUGUCUGGAUCUUCCAGAAUUUGUCGAGGAAGCAAUAGUAGAACUCAAUUCAAAAGCAUUCAAGAAGAUGGAAAACCUCAAAACACUUAUUCUUAGAAAUGCUAAUUUUUCCAAAGGUCCCAAAUACCUUCCAAAUAGUUUGAGGGUGUUGGAAUGGUGGGGAUAUCCUUCACAUUGCUUACCAUCUGAUUUUCAUCCCAAAAAACUUGUCAUAUGCAAGUUACCCCGUAGCUCCAUUUCAACCCUUGAGUUAUCAAAGGUUUGGCAGAGUUUUGUGAAUCUUAGAGAAUUAAAUUUUGAUGGGUGCAAAUGUUUAACAGAAAUACCUGACAUAUCUGUUCUACAAAAUUUGGAAGAACUUUCAUUUGAAGAUUGUGUGAAUCUAAUUACAGUUCACAACUCAGUUGGUUUUCUGGAUAAACUUAAGACAUUGAGUGCUAAUGGAUGCCGAAAGCUUAGGACUUUUCCACCUAUCAAGUUGACCUCUCUUGAAAAACUGGAACUUUCACAUUGUUCCAGUCUUGAGAGUUUUCCAGAAAUAUUAAUAAAGAUGGAAAACAUAAGGGAACUUCAUUUGUGUUACUCCCUCGUAACAGAGUUGCCACUUUCAUGUCAAAAUCUUACAAGGCUUCGAACAUUGGAAAUGUUUUCUUUAAAUAGUGCAAUUGUCAAGGUGCCCAGUAGCAUUAUCAUGAUGCCAGAACUGACUGAUAUCUUCGUCUGUGGAUUGAAAGGGUUGCAAUGGCUAAAACAGGAAGAGGGUGAAGAGCAAAUGGGGCAAGUAGUAGUACCUUCAAAGGUGGAACGGCUUAGUGUCUUAAGUUGCAAUCUCAAUGAUGAUUUCUUUUCGAUAGAUUUCACAAGGUUUGCUCUUGUGAAGGAAUUAGCGCUACCUGAGAAUAAUUUCACCAUCCUUCCUGAAUGUCUGAAACAAUGCCAAUUUUUAUGGAUUCUUGAUGUGAGUGGUUGCAAGCAUCUUCAGGAAAUUAGAGGCAUUCCACCAAACUUAAGACAUUUCUUUGCAAUAAAAUGUAUAUCCUUGGCUUCCUCGAGUAAACGCAUGCUCCUAAAUCAGGAACUGCAUGAGGCUAGAAACACUGUGUUUUGUUUGCCAGGAGCUGAGCUUCCAAAGUGGUUCAAUCACCAGAACCGGGGAACUUCAAUUUCUUUCUGGUUUCGUAAUAAGUUCCCUGACAAAGUUCUGUGCGUUCUUGUUGCACCUAUCGAAAACGAUUUUUUUCGUUCCAGGGUUUUCAUCAAUGGCAAAGCAUACACCGGCUACUAUAGUCACCAUCACUUGACAGGGGAGCAUCAUGUAUAUCUUUUUGAUAUGCGAGAAGAGUUAAGAUUCAGAGAUAGUCCGUAUGAGGUGCCUUUUGAAAGUGAAUGGAACCAUGCGAAGGUUACAUUUCCAGAGGGUAUAGAUACCUCUAUUAACCAUGCAAAAAUCGGAAUCCACAUAGUCAAACAGAAAAAUAGCAUGGAGGAUGUUAAAUUCACCGAUCCUUGCAGCAAGACAAAAUCAGAUGAAGAUAUCAACAGUUCUGACUCACAAUCUACCAGUUACUAAAGAGCAUAUGUUUGUGAAUAUUGAACUUUUAUAGACGGUAAUGAUGUACAAUUUAUGGUCACAUCUAUUGAGUUGGAGUUGUAUAAUAUUGUGAAGUUGUAUUCAAAUUCAAUGGUGGCACAAUUAGUGAAAGUUAAAUUAUGUUGUGGCUUGCAAUAUCAUACUAACCGAUUUUCGUUACCCUUA